AUGGAUAAAUUAGUCCGCACAAGAAAAUCGUAUGCCCCGCGGCUGGAACGGGUAGGUCGUUGUCUUGAAAAAAUGGAAGACUCCGAAAAUGUUGAAGCCGAAGAUGUUCUCACGGAGAUAGAUAACCUCAACAGCAUUUGGUCAUCGUAUCUAUCUGUUCAUCAUAAAAUUCUUGAUUUGGCAGACGACGAAGCUGUUUACGAGGAAGCAAUUACGCAUCAGAUCGCAUUCGAGGAGGAGUAUUUGUCACUGAAAAAGGGUUUGGGUAGGCUUCAGAAACGUUUGGAGCCAGCCGAACACGAGGUCACUUUCAAUCAACAAAAUGGUGGCAACACUAGCGUCAUCGAAGCACUCGUUCAGCAACAAACACAGCUUCUCCAAGCAAUCACAUCCAACGUAGGAGCGUCAACGACUUUAGUUCCACCAUCAAGCAACGGAACGUCAGCCGAUAAUACCGCACUGCCGGACUUAAGGCUGCCGCGCAUGAGUCUUCCGAUUUUCAACGGAAAUUUUCUGGAAUGGCAAUCGUUUUACGAUCUGUUCAGUGGAUCAGUGCAUCAAAACCCAUCACUUCGUCCCAGUCAGAAACACUAUUUUCUCAAAACGCAUUUGGCGGGGGAAGCAGCUACACUGAUUUCGCAUCUAAAUGUUGAGGAUGCUAACUAUCAACCAGCUCUUCAAAAGUUAAAAGAGCGAUACAAUAAACCGCGUGCAAUCGCUAAUCUGCACAUCACUAGUUUUUUGAGCCAACCAUCAUUGACAGCGUCGUCCCCAUCUGGUUUGCACUCCCUCCACGAUGUUUCGGAUGAAGUGAUUCGCGCUUUAGCAGCUCUCGGACGCGAAGAAAGAGACAUUUGGUUACUACACGUUCUGUAUGAAAAGUUGGACUCGAACACUAAAGAACUGUGGUGUCAAAGGAUCGUGGACCUUGAAGAGGAUGAUAUAAGUUUUGACGCACUGUUGAAAUUUAUUGAUAAUCGAAGCUCAGCCCUGCAAUCAUCACAACGGUCUCGGAUCUCUAGCACCAUCCCAGCUAAUAAAGUUCCAGCAUUAAGGCCCCAAUCUAAGCAACUUUCUGCAUUAGUUGCUACUAAUCAAACACAAGUCAUCUGUGGCAUUUGUUCGAGACCUGGUCAUCAACCGUACCAAUGCGUUAAGUUCACACACGCUAGCUCAGCUGAUCGAUUCUUUAUGGUUUCUAGACAAAAGCUAUGCCAGAAUUGUUUAAGGAACCAUGGUGGAGAAGAAUGCAAGGCGGGUUUCUGCCGAAAAUGUGGACAGAUGCAUCAUACGCUGCUUCACAACGCUUUUCAACCAGCAGCACAAGUGACACCACUCGAAGAAAACACCUCUGCAUCUUCUUUUGACGGCCACUAUUGA